AAUACGCUUAGCUUCGGUUAUUGUGUAUAUAUUCUAUAUUAAAACUGUUUUAUUGGGAAAGUUAGGAUCAUGUAACGUCUUUUUAUUAUCUCGAAUUUAAUUUAUUAUGUUUUAAUUUGAUUUUCAGUCCGAAUUUCCGGUUUAUUUCUCAGCUGCUAAGUACCUGCUCACCGAGACACAGUGUCAGGUCGGCGUAGAUGCGGAUCGAGCGUAUAGAAUCAGCGGCGCGUCCCGGUUGGACGAUGAACGAGACGAAGGUGGAGCCUCUGGACUUUGUGAGGGACUUUCAGGAGUAUCUGGACCAGCAGACGCAUCACGUGAACGCGCUGUCAUCUUCGGUGAACGGGGAGAAGAGUGACGAGGACCUGCGGACGGGUGUGUGUGACGCGGAACACAGUGUGAUGGAUCACCUGGCGUCUGUCGAGGUGCGUCUAGACACAGACGGGUUCGAGAGGACGGGAGACGGAAAAUUCCAGUGUCGUUACUGCACUUACGCCAGCAAGGGGCAGGCCCGCCUCAUCGAACACAUGCGCACACACACAGGAGAAAAGCCUCACCGCUGUCAGCUGUGUCCGUUCUCCUCGGCGUACGAGCGACAGCUGGAGACGCACAUGCGCUCGCACACGGGCGAGAAGCCGUACAAGUGCGAGCUCUGUCCGUUCCGCUGCAACGACCGCAGCAACCUCUCACACCACCGCCGCCGCCGCCACAAACUCCGCCGCCUGACCAACGCCACCGCCACACAGACCAAAUCCCAGCAGCUCUACAUCCCCGACGACAAGCCCCUCCUCCUCCCCCAACCGCCGGCCAAUCAGGAGCAUGAGUGCAGCGAAGGCCCCCGCCCCUGCUCCCCCGGCCAGGACUUGGACGGCUACGAGAGGGACGUCAAAGGUCACGCUCUGACUCCUCCGUCUCAGGACCUUUCCGCCGACGCCCUCCUGAGUCCGGAAUCUUCCCCGGCGCAGAUCAACGCUCGGACACUGUACUUCUGCCCGCACUGUCAAACCUACUUCGGCGACAACGUGCUCUACACCGUGCACAUGGGUUGCCAUGGUUACGACCAGCCCUUCCAGUGUAACGUCUGCGGAGUGCACUGCAGCGACAAGUACGACUUCGCCUGUCACUUUGCCCAGGGACAACACCGCAAGUGACACACACACACACACACACACACACACACGUUUAUUUAUAACCCGUAUUUAUGAGACAUUCAUGGUCCAUUUUCUAUAUAUCACUAUUCAUCUAUAUAUAUACACAUAUGUAAAUAUACGACACGCCCACUUUCUUUAAGCCACACCUUCUUUUAGAGCUGGUCUCUUUAACUUAUACCCAUUUCAGCAUCUUAAAGCCACGCCUACUUUCAUUCAACUCUGUUGCGUCAUUUCAGUGACGUAACUGCAUCGUUUUCUAUGCCACGCCCCACUUUUACUUUAAUAUAUAUUAUGAAAUUUAUAGGCCACACCCCAUUUUUACUUUCUCAUGGUGUUAUAGUGUCAUUUAAAGACACGCCCAUAUUUUUUUUUAAACACAACAUGUUGCAGUAUCUGAUUUAAAGGACACGUGCACUUCCUAAUUUUUUUUUACAUCAAGACUAUAUUUACUUCUAUGGUUUUAAAGCCACACCCACUUUAAAGCUUAUUUUCAUAUCCAGGAUUUAAUAUAAAGGCCACGCCCUCUUAAACUGUCCUUAUUUCCAUAUGCAGGAUUAAUAUGAAUGGUCGUCCACCUCCUCUUCUAUAUUCUUGAAGCCACGCCCACUCAUCGACUUUCUAAUGCCUAUAACUAUGGCUGGUAAUCCACGCCCAUUCAACUUCGACCUCAUUGUCAUGAUAUUGAUGUAAUUUAAAUGUUCUUUUCUGAGGCUCUCAAGCCACGCCCACUUAGAGCUGAUUUUAGUUUAGUAAUUUAAAAACAAUGCCCAUAUUCUGUUUUGUUAUUAAAGCCACGCCCAUUCCGAGACAUUCCUUUAUUUAAUUGCAUUUUAUUCUAUGUUAAACAACUCAGUUUUUAUAUUAAUAUUAAUUACAUCACACCCACUUCCACACCGUUUAAAGCCACACCCAUUUCCAGCUACUUUAAAAUUUCCAUAAACGUUAUUUUAAGUGCACGCCUACAUAAUUUUUAACUUUCCAAAAGACACUCCCACUUAGAGAUGUGAGAAUAAUUGUUUGUGAUCAGGACUGACACGCCCACUUUCGGUGUGUUCUAUAAUUUUGAAGCUAGAGAAGUAUGAUCUUGGUAUAAGCCCCACCCACUUAUCUUCCCUCUGUUCAUAUACAGUACGAGAUGAAAAGGCCACGCCCACUCAGAUUCUCUAAUCUUUCUGCAUUCAACAUUAAUUUCAAGAACAAACUAUUUUUAAAGUUUAAAGACGUUCAGGCCACAAAAACUGUAUUAUUAUUAUUAAUAUUAUAUAUUAUAAAGAAUUUAAAUCAUUUAGUUAACCGUUAUUUUGUUGUUGUUCUGAUUUACAUUCAGAUUUGAAAUAAUAAAUUAAAAAGUUUUAGCUUGUGUUUUUACUGUUGGGUGAUUUUAUAAAAAACAAACAAAAAAGACUCCAUGUGAAUGUGAUUGAAUUAAUUCUGUUUAUUUUUACUUCAUUUGAAUUGAAUAUUUUAUUUAAAAAUAUCUGGGUUUUUUUCUCAAUGUCUUUUUUCUUUAAUAAAUUUGUUGAAGUAUUUUACACAUUUAGGAAAAAACUGAUUUAAUUUAUUUUUACAUUUUGGAACAAUAAAGGAGAAAUGAAAGCAGUAAAACAUCAUCUGAACACAAUCAUGAUGUAAUAUUGAUUUGUUUAUUUAUGCAAAAAAUAAAUAAAUAAAAUACCAAACAUG